AUGGCAAAAUGGAGAGAUGCCUUGGCAAAAGCGAUGAAUUUGUAUAGAAGUGGGGAAAAUCGUACUAACGAACUCAUUCAAGCACAGAUGUGGUUCGGUGCAACCGGGGGUGGCAAAAAAAAGUUCACCCAUCAUGAAUGUUGGGAGGUGGUGAAACAUUGUAAACGGUUCACAAUUAUUCCGACGGGUCCCGAAAUUUGA